CGCACCACACAGCAUGGCUCUGCCUGCUCGCCUUGCCGCACGCCGCAUCGGCGCCGCCGUGCCGCGCCUCGCCGCCGCCGCGCCCGCGCAGCGCGGCCUCUCCGCCAAGGCCGGCGCUGCGCCGCCGCCGCAGCCGCAGUCGAGCGUCUUUGCCGCGCUCGACACGUUUGCGCCGCGCCACAUCGGCCCGCGCGACGGCGACAUUGCCAAGAUGCUCGCCGUGCUCGGCUACGACUCGCUCGACGCCUUUGUCCGCGACGCCGUGCCCGCCGAGAUCCGCCUCGCCGCCGACGGGCAGAAGGAGACGGCCGGCGCGCAGGACGGGCGCCAGGGCGACCGCAUGGCCAGCAAGCGCAUCGCCGCGCUCAGCGAGAGCGAGCUGGCGCGCCGCGGACGCGCCAUUGCCGACAUGAACCGCCCCGUCAAGAGCCUCAUCGGCCUCGGCUACCACAACACCAACGUGCCGCCCGUCAUUCUGCGCAACAUCCUCGAGAGCCCGGCAUGGUACACGUCCUACACGCCCUACCAGCCCGAGAUCUCGCAGGGCCGCCUCGAGUCGCUGCUCAACUACCAGACGAUGAUCAAGUCGCUCACCGCGCUCGACAUUGCCAAUGCCUCCUUGCUCGACGAGGGCACCGCCGCCGCCGAGGCCAUGACGCUGGCGUACGGCCACGGGCGCUCAAAGCGUCGCACCUUCCUCGUCGACACGGCCGUGCUGCCGCAGACGCUCUCCGUGCUGCGCCAGCGCGCCCGCGGCUUCCAGAUCAACGUCGUCAGCGUGGAUCUCUCGCAGGGCCUGCCGCAGGAGCACGCCAAGGACACGAUGGGCGUGCUGGUGCAGUACCCCGACGUCGACGGCGUCAUCCGCGACUACGCCUCGCUGGCGGCCGAGACGCACAAGGCCGGCGGCCUUGUCGUCGCUGCAGCAGACCUGCUGGCGCUCACGAUGGUCAAGCCGCCGGGCGAGUGGGGCGCCGACAUUGCAGUGGGCUCGUCUGCGCGCUUCGGCGUGCCGCCGGGCUUCGGCGGCCCGCACGCGGCGUUCUUUGCCGUGCGCGACAAGCUCACCCGCAAGAUGCCGGGCCGCCUCGUUGGUGUCUCGAAGGACGCUCGCGGCAAGCGCGCGCUCCGUCUGGCGCUCCAGACGCGCGAGCAGCACAUCCGCCGCGCCUCCUAGACGACCCUCUCUCCGCGCACCUGCUCCUCGGUCCGGCCUCAACGGCCCACAACCCGAGCUGCGCACGCCAGUAUCCACGAGCGCCGCAUCUGCGCAUCGCUCCACCGUCCCGUUAUAUUCACCCACUCGCCUCCGUCAUGCUUCCCAUCCGUUCCUGUGCAAUCAUUCGCCGCCUGCGUCAUCCUGUAUCUUGCCCACAUCACCCGUGUCACGCGAA